AUGAAGUUCUUCUCCCAGCUUCUAGUGCUGGGUCUCGCUGCAGAGGGCGCCGUUGCCAGCAGCUGGUUCAGCAAGUCUGUCUACAACAAUUGGCACGAAACCGAGCUCGAGAGAUGGUUGUCGGAUCACGACGUCCCUUACCCUACCCCGUACGACCGAGCUCAGCUUGAGACCGCCGUCAAGGAGAACUGGCAAACCAAGGUCUCCAAGCCAUACAGUGACUGGGACACCAAGCAGCUCAACUCCUACCUCAAGCAAAAGGGUGUUGAGACCAAGGACGCCGCUGCGAGCAACAAGGAUGGCCUGAUCGCUUCCGUCAAGAACGUUUGGUACGAGGCCGAGGACAAGGCUGAGGAUGCCUGGUCGAGCGUUACCAACUGGAUCUUUGACAGCUGGACCGAGUCUCAAUUGAAGGCUUUCGCCGACAAGCAUGGCAUCCCCGUCCCCCAACCACGCAAGCGAGACACCCUCCUCCAAAAGAUUCGAUCUAGCUACGAGACCAUUGCACAGAAGGCUGGCGAGACCGCUGCUUACCCUGGCAACUGGAUCUACGAGUCCUGGACUGAGUCUGACCUCAAGGAAUUUCUCGACACUCAUGGCAUCCCAGUUCCUCAGCCAACCACCCGUGACAAGCUGAUCGCUAGUGUCCGCCGCAACGCCCGUAUUGCCAGCUUGAAGACUGCUGAUUUGCAGGCUUCCGCUUCCAAGUCUGCUGCCGCUACUGCUGAGACUCUGAGUGACAAGCUUUUGGACUCUUGGUCUGAUUCUCAAAUCAAGGAGUGGGCUGACAAGAACGGUAUCAAUGUUCCACAAGGCAGCCGCAGAAACGAGCUCUUGGCGAUUGCUCGCAAGCACCGAGCUCAACUUACCGGAGAUAAUGUAUUGCACUCCGCAAAGAGCUUUGCAAGCAAGGCUAGUGCUUCUGGAGAAUCUGCCUUCGGAGCUGCUACAACUGCCGCUGGAAAUCAGUAUGCUAAGGCCACCGAUGAUGCGGCAUUGAAGGCUGAGCAUCUUUUCAACGAGGCUUCCGCGACCUGGAGCGAGUCUCGCCUCAAGGCAUACCUUGACUCCCGAGGUGUCCCAGUUCCACAGAGCGGAAAGAAGGAUGAGCUUUUGGCUGCCGUUCGCCUGAACAGACACAAGGCUGCCACCGGCUGGUCGGCCUGGACUUUCGAUACAUGGACCGUCGACAACUUGAAGGCGUAUCUCGCAUCCUCUGGAAAUGCUGCCGCCGAGAAGGCAAGCGAGCAAGCUGACGCCACUCGCGAGCAAUUGCUCUCGGCUGCCCAGGAUGCUUACGCUUCUGCCUCCAAGACAGGCGGUGUUGGCUAUGCUUCCGUCACUUCAUACCUUGCUAAGCAAACAGAUGCUGCCAAGGAUUCGAUCUUCGACAGCUGGUCCGAGUCGGAGCUCAAGAACUACUUGGACUCCUACGGGUUCAAUGUUCCGCAGGGAUCCACAAAGAACCAGCUCAUCGCAUACGCCCGCAACUAUAGAAACUAUUUCCAAUACGGUACAACCACUCCUCAGGGAACUCUCUGGGCCAAGCUCCAGGACUCCUUCGCCUGGGUCAAGAACCAGAUUAGCUAUGGUGCGGCCUCUGGACGCCAGUACGCUGAGAAGCAAGCCGAGAAGGGCGCAGACUCCAUCAAGGAGGGAGCAACCUACGCCAGCCACCGUGCUGGCGAGGCCGCUCAGAAGGCUGGUGACCGCAUCAAGGAGGAGUUGUGA